AUGUCGGACCAGCAGAACUCUCGCCGUGGACGUGGCGGCUUCCGUGGACGCGGAGGCGGUAGAGGACGUGGCGGUUUCCGCGGCCCGAAGCCUGCUCCUGCGCCUGUCCAGCAGCUGAAGGCCGAGCCUGAUUCUGGAGCCUCGACGCCUCUGACAUCAGGCAUGACAACGCCUAUUGCCUCUGGCGCGCAGACUCCCAACAAGGCUCUCACGACGACCAAGUUUGCCGACUUCCCGCAGCUCACGCCCGAGCUCGUCGCCAGCCUCCCCUUCGAGUACUGCACCGAGGUGCAGGCUGCCACCCUCCCGGCGAUCCUCGAGGGCCACGACGUGCUCGCUCAGGCCAAGACCGGCACCGGCAAGACGCUUGCGUUCCUUGUGCCUUCCAUCCAGCGCCUGCUGCUUGCCCCGCUGCCUGACCGCUCGCUCACCAGCAUCCUCGUGCUCAGCCCGACCCGCGAGCUCGCGAGCCAGAUCGCCGAUGCCGCGCUGACCUUCACCAAGGGUCGUGUCGGCGUUCAGUGUGUCGUCGGUGGCACCAACAUCAACACGGACGUGAAGCGUCUCAAGACCGAGCGUGCCGACAUUCUUGUUGCGACGCCCGGCCGUCUGCUCGACCUGAUCGAGAACUACGGUGUCGGAUCGCGCCUGUCGCAGAUCCGCACGCUCGUGCUCGACGAGGCUGACCGCCUUCUCGACCAGGGAUUCCGCCGCGAGCUCGUCAAGAUCCUCGACGCGCUGCCCGACCGCAAGGCCGUGCCGCGCCAGACGCUCCUGUUCUCGGCCACGCUCCCGGAGGGAGUGCACUCAAUCUCGUCGAUCGCGCUCAAGCCCGACCACAAGUUCAUCACGACGCUGAAGGAGGAGGACAUCAACGCGCACAAGCACGUUGUGCAGGAACUGCUCGUGCUCCCCGGCGAUCAGAUGAUCAGCGGUGCCCUCGAGGUGCUCAAGCGCGAGGAGAUGCUCGCUGCCGAGCGCGGGGGAUUCAAGGUCAUGGUCUUCCUGCCCACUGCUCGUGCCGCGGGACUGUACUACGAGGUGUUCUCCAACCUCCCCACGUCGUACCCUGUGUGGGAGAUCCACUCGCGCAUGUCCCAGGCCAAGCGCACCAAGUCGACCGACCAGUUCCGUGCCGCCGACCGCGGCAUCCUCUUCUCGUCCGACGUCACUGCCCGCGGUAUCGAUGUCCAGGGUGUCACCGCUGUUGUGCAGGUUGGUCUCCCUUCAAGCGGCGAGCAGUACGUGCACCGUCUUGGCCGUACCGCCCGUGCCGGAGCACAGGGCCACGGCGUUCUUGUUCUCGCCGACUUUGAGACCUUCUUCCUCAACGACGCCACGAUCAAGACGUUCGACAUGCUCGAGUACCCGGCCCUCGACGGCAGCAGCCUGGCGCACGCCUCCCAGCUCGUGGACGGCGCCCUCUCCCAGGUCUCCGAGGAGGCCAAGGGGCAGGCGUACCAGGCCUGGCUGGGCUACUACAACAGCAGCCUGAAGAAACUGCGGUGGAGCCAGGCCGACCUCGUGCGCAAUGCAAACGAGUACGCGCAGCACACGCUCAAGACCGCCCCCGGCCCGAACGGCUGGGUGCCCCCCGCGCUCCAGGCCAAGACGAUCGGCAAGAUGGGCCUGAAGGGCGUCCCCGGCCUGAACCGGGAGGCCGGCCCGAGCGGCGGCGGUCAUCCUCUGUCUCCUUUGUUUCCACGUUGA